AGUAUAGCUAUGGCUUAUAUGACCAUCUUUUCCCAAGUGUCCGCUUUUCUGUCGGCUUUUGGGAGAAGUGUGCCUUCAUCACUUCCUGUUGGAGAGGGAUUUCAUGAUUAAGUUUCGCUUCACGAUGAAUAGAUUUCUGACAGAAAGGGCUUCCUGGCAGAAGCGCAGUGGUCAGACCCAAGACGUUGUUGGAUAACCAGGCAAAACGGUAGCUAUGUUUAUGAUUGAGCUGCGAGCCGAGCCAUAAUGGCCAGGCUGAGCCCGCGUUUACAGGACCAGUUAUUUGUCUUUUAUCGUGUUGUAGACUAUGAGUGUGGGUGAUGGAGGACAGUCAAUGUGGGGAUCUGGACUACCUGAUCCAAGAUGAGGACACCCUCAUUGAAGGUGUCAGCAACCAAGUCUUAUUUGUUGUGGUGCUAAGUGUCACCUUCCUCGCAGGCCUCCUCACUCUGCUCUUCAGACAAGAAGAGCAGAACAUCCAUCCAGAGAAUCAGGAGCAUGUUCGAGCCGUCCGGCAACAACUCCAAACAGAACAGGAUGAAAAUCCUCAGGCGGAGGCCAGGCAGCAGUAUUACACAGACAUGUCUUGUCCUGUGUGUUUACAGCAGGCUGUUCUGCCUGUGGAAACCAAUUGUGGACAUCUUUUCUGUGGCUCCUGCAUUAUAGCCUACUGGAGGUAUGGCACAUGGCUGGGUGCUAUUAACUGCCCCAUCUGCAGACAAAUGGUAACGUUGCUCUUCCCACUAUUUCAUGAGCACGCCAGUCCUCAGAGGGUCCAAGAUGGCGAGGCAGAACCCCAGCUGAUAUUAUCAGACAUUAACGAUUACAACCGCAGGUUCUCAGGCCAGCCAAGAUCUUAUAUGGACAGGCUGCGAGAUGUGCCCACCCUGCUUCGUCAUGCCUUCAGGGAGAUGUUCUCUGUGGGUGGCCUCUUCUGGAUGUUCAGGAUUCGAAUUCUUCUCUGCCUAGUGGGAGCACUCACCUACCUGGCCUCGCCGCUCGACAUCCUCCCUGAGGCACUUUUCGGCCUCCUGGGAUUCAUGGACGAUUUCUUUGUGAUCCUGCUUCUCUUUGUUUACAUCUCUAUCAUGUACAGAGAGGUGGUUACACAAAGACUGAAUGGCUAGGUGUUGACUCAUAAAAGUCGCCUUCGCUUGCUCAUACCAGAAUCGGAAAGAGUGAACGCAGCAUCUGAGGUGGACAUUGACAGUUGAUCAAUAAUGCCGGUUCUCUCAGAGAUGUUUACUUUGAAUCCUGAGAUGUGACUUAAUCAUCGGAGAGGGGUGAACUCUGAAUGUUGACUCUGUGUAUAGAAAUCAUAAAGGUUCAUAGAUUGAAUGACAUAGAGGCGAACAACAAUACGGCAUAAGGAUGGCUGCGUCUGGCUCUAUCAGACUCUGCAGUAGGCCUGGGAAAUUGUUUUGGUCCAUUCACUUGAACGACCAGAAUUACUGCCAGCCAAUUCUAUGACAGCAUUGCCAAAAGCAGGUAUUUGGUCAAUGUGCGUAUCAUCAUAAUGGAGACAAUUGUGUAACAUAAUGUGAUCUUGAAUGUACUGUAUUAAUGGCAGUGUCUUGAUUAUGUGCAUUUAAAGAUCCUGAUUGUUCACUGACAUAUUUGUUUUACUGGAACCACCUUACUGCGACUACUACAGCCUGUUUGGCCAAUUAAACUGAUGAUGCACUUA